UCCAAGGCGAUCACCACGAGGCCAUCGGUACCAUGACAGUGAUAGAAGGACACAUUACUGGUAGUAAUGAGAAGCAGGUUAAGAAGCAGGACACAAAAGGGUAUGAUGACCCAGAGGCGUUUGCAGCUAACCCGACCGUUGAAACCACAAGGACAAACGACAACGGACGGAAGUUAUCACACAGUAGGAUGAGAAAAACAAUGAGCGACGCUGAGAAGUCUAGGUCGGACGAUGCCAGUGUGGGCACCUACUGCAAAACCCGCGACUACUGCUACAUUGCUGGCAUCUUUAGCCUUGGCACAGCUCUCACGUUAGUGCUGGUGUUUUUCACAGUGCUGCGAGACGAUCCAAGGAUGCCAGUAGAAGUAAUGCUCCAGAACACCCCGGAACUCCACUCGAACGACACCGGAAACGUGCCGUCCACUGGGACACCAACAUUAACGACUGAAAACACGACUGUGGCCGAGCAAGCUUCAGCUGGAGGCCAGGUUGCACCGUCAAUGCAGGAAAUUAGUUUGCUUGACUUGUUGGACCCCAUCCCAGCUCCAUCAGACAGCCUGCCACAAUCAGAACUCCACUCGAACGACACCGAAAACGUGUCGUCCACUUGGACACCAACACUAACGACUGAAAUUACGACUGUGGCCGAGCAAGCUUCAGCUGGAGGCCAGGUUGCACCGUCAAUGCAGAAAAUAAGUUUCCUUGGCUUGUUGGACCCCAUCCCAGCUCCAUCAGACAGCCUGCCACAAUCAGAACACCACUCGAACGACACCGAAAACGUGUCGUCCACUUGGACACCAACAUUAACGACUGAAAUUACGACUGUGGCCGAGCAAGCUUCAGCUGGAGGCCAGGUUGCACCGUCAAUGCAGAAAAUAAGUUUCCUUGGCUUGUUGGACCCCAUCCCAGCUCCAUCAGACAGCCUGCCACAAUCAGAACACCACUCGAACGACACCGGAAACGUGUCGUCCACUUGGACACCAACAUUAACGACUGAAAUUACCACUGUGGCCGAGCAAGCUUCAGCUGGAGAUGAAGUAACCCAAGAGGAUCCCGUCUUCGACAGCCCCUAGUCAACAUACUAAACUCCACAAAUGCUCGUGUUCUUGCCGUAUAUGAUAUACACGCGUGCCCUUAGCUUCAAAAUCAGAUUGAGAGUUCUCACAAAAAAUUCACAAUAAUUUCACAAAAUGUUGAAAAUUCUCACAAGGGGUGUAGAACAUUAGUAACAAUGGCCCUUAAUUUCUAGCUCACGUGACUGAAAAUCAAGUGAGCUGAUAUCUUGGCGCGUUGUUCGUCGUCCACCCGUCGUCGUCCACUUUACAUAUACGUCCGUCGUUAACCUCCACUCUACUCUGAAACUAUACGUCUAUCGAUGUUUGAUCCAUGCUGUGGUGCCUCUGAAAAGCACUCACAGAAUUCCGAUCUGCCACCGCAGCAAUUUUGGAAAUGUUAUUUUUGCCUGCUUAUCUACUUUUACACUUGUACACUACUUUUACCCAUGCCUUACGUAAACGGCGACGAACGGGAUCGGGUGGUCAGGCUGACUGACA